UCUUCCUUAUUCGACUCCAGCAUCCAUGGCCGCUGCUUAUUUUGUUAACUUGUUUUUGAGUAAAUUCACUUCCAAUUCAACUUGUUUCGAUAACUAAGUUGUAGAUCUGAGAUAUAGCAUAUUAUUCUAGGCUAUAAAGACAAAAUUUCUUCGUUUUUUUUUUCCUUUUCCGAUUUUAACACCGAUUUGGACAACCGCCGCCGAGCGUUUAACCGGCGCCUAUCGAUUGCUGUGUUGGGGUAUUGUGGUGUGGAACCUGCGUUAGAGAAAUGACAAAUUACUAUGAUAUUGACGACAUACUUGUUGAAGAAGAGUAUGUACCGGUUUUAUUCCAUAAAACAGCAAAUGGAGUGACUAUUGAUCCAAGUGCAGAAACUAACUGUGCUGAACAAGGUUCCAAAGUGGAAGUUCCGUUCUGGCUUGCUCAUGAGUUGCAGCUCAGGCACGCUGUGUCCAUUAACCUUCCUGCCUGUUUUGACCAAAAGACGAGGCUUGAAGUUCAGGCUGAUGCAGCAUACGUCGAUCUUAGAUCUCGCUGUCCAUACUUUUAUGAAUUCGGAUGCAAGUUAGAGCCACUGGUUACAGAUAGAACACUUGGGAUUUUGCUAUCGACUGCGUUUAAGAUCAGAUACAAGGAGGCACUGACAAAAGUAUACACAGCAGCUCAUAUAACAGCUUCCAAGUACUUGUCGUUUUUAACAAAAGAAGAAACGAACUUGUACGAAGCAGCUCACCUGUCAUCGACAGCCUUCAAGAAGUGGAAAACAGGUGGGCGUAGAUUAGAGAGAGCUUCAAUACUCGGAAGAAAACGCAAGGAUUCUAAUUAAUAAGUUCCCCCAAAAACUCUUUAUUCUCCAAUGAUUGUGUCAUAUAAACAUGUCAAAAUUCCUUAUCCAACAGAGUGAUUUUGUCAUAUAAACAUUCAAAAUGAUGUAUGGUUUGAAUCAAAUUGUUCAAAUUGCAAAUCCUUUUGUAACCAUUUGAUACUAAACUCAGUUAUGUGCUUCUUUCA